GACCUUAGACGUUACAGUAGUGUACAUUACAACAUGAGUGUGUUCCUUCAGCUCAAACAGUGAUGAAUCCUCAAGGUCAUGGGUUUGAUUCCCAGUGAAUGAACUGAUCAAAUGUCAAGCUUGAAGUCAGUGUUGGUCAGGGUUGAAGGCUCAUCAUGUGUUUUCUCUCAUCUCCUGUAGAAACAGUAUGUACUGCAGGUCAAACACUGCAGGCUCAGGUGUACAGUGACAUGUUUCCGUUUGCGUAUGACGUGCCGCAGUUUAACGCCUGCUUGAGCGUCCAAACACUGAAGGACAACCUGGAGGCCGUGACCGAUAGAGUUUACGACAGGAGCUACCAGCGGAUCAUUCUGGACAAACUCAACCAGGCGUAUCCGGGCGGACUGUCUGACCAGGUGCUGCAGGUUUUAGGCUCCACCUCCCGCGUGGCCACACCCGAUGAUGUCAGAAAGUGGAAUGUGACGAAGAUCGACACGCUCUCGUCUCUGAUGAACCAACGCAAGGGAGACUGGGAGGUCCAGCUGCUCGUCAGUAAGUAUCUGAGUGUGAAUGGAAACGCUCUCGGCACGAACGAGCUGAACGCGCUGGGAGGAACAAACCUGUGUGCGCUGAACACCAGUGUGCUGAACAACAUCAGGGCCACCAGCAUGGAGUGAGCUUCUUGCUCU